AAGGUGGGUCAAAGGUAACAGUCAGCUCACAGUUCACCUGUAUCUUGCAUGCAGCAGUAAGCAUCUUAGGAAAAGACAUGCCGCUGGCUCACAUCAAAACCAACCUGUCCUCGGACCAGAUCAGCGAUGAGUUCAUGAAAGAGACGUCCAAGAUGAUCGCCGAGCUUCUCAACAAGGAAGAAUGGCGCGUGUCAGUUCACGUGGACGCCGGGCAGAGAAUUCUCCGGGCGGGCUCAUUCGAUCCGUACGUCCAGUUCGAGAUCGGCGCCAUCAAGUCCUUUGACGAGGAAAAAGACAAGGAGAAGUACUCCAAGGCUUUCUUCGACUUCCUGUCCGAGAAACUACCUGUGCAGUACGACAGGAUCGUGGUAAUUUUCCACCGUCUGGACUCUGAGGACGUCGGCAUAAAAGGAACCCUAAACUCCAUUCUGGUGAAAAAACAGUAGCGUUGCCAUGACGACAAGUCUACUCAUCUGUUUUCCCACAACACUUACCGUAAUUCACUUUAUGUUCGCGAUAGCAAAAUUUCACGAUCUGACAAAAACGGACAUGUCCACAGAACUAUAUGUUCACGUUGGUGACAGGUGCAGGAAAAAGAAAGCCAAGGAAUUUUUUGUUCACGGUAAUGAUAAGUUCACGGUACAGAAGUGAUAGUGAAAACAGUGAACAUAAAAGUACCGUGAAAAAUAUCUGGAAAGAAUUGGUUUUCUCGGAUAUAAUUCGUUCUUCUUACCCAUCAACUACAGCAGAAGGCAUUAGAGGGACUAUACGCAUAACCCACUUUUUACCGACAUUUUAAAUCAGAUAAAUGUGUUUUAAUAGGUUGUUCCGUGUAAUAUGUUGUAACUAAUAAUAGAAAUACGUAUUUUAGGUAAGACUGGUUAAAUAUAUAGUAAAACGUGAAAAUACUAUAUGUCAUCUGAAUGAUCGAAGGAUAAUUAGUGCUUGGGAAUAAAAGAAUA